AUGGCAGUGAACAGUUGUGAUGUAAAAUUGAUCCAAAAUUUACUGAAAUCCGGAGAUUUUAAUAUUAACUCAAUAUUUUCUUGGGAUCGUUACAGACAAAUAAGUGUCCUUCAGUUCGCAAUUUUAAACUCAUGCAACGAACUCAUUGACUUUUUGUUGAAAAAUCACGUUGAGUUGAACAUCAGCACUAAUUUUUUGGGAACGGCGCUUCACGUGGCGAUCAAGCAAAAGAAUCUUGAUGUCGUGAAGAAGCUAGUAGUAUCUUCCGGAGCUGACAUUAACAUAAUGCCAAGCCAUAUUGGAAUUGUGCCACCACUUCACCGAGCCAUUCAAAGUGGUACUUAUGACAUCACCGAGUUUUUAGUCAAGUCAGGAGCCGACGUAAACUUGAUAGCUUACAAAGCCACAUUAACAUUCGGGUUGUGCAACGGGUCUCCUUUAAACUUGGCAAUUUUAUUAAUUAAUGUUCCUAUGGUUGAAUUGCUAUUGAAGCACAACGCCAUCAUUGAUCAAGGAUCCAACGAACUACGCUCUUCUCUACAAUUGGCUGUAAUAAGCAUGUUCGAGACUCUUAAGAUUUUAAAAAUUCUGGAGAAGUUUGGAGCGAAGUUCGAGAUAAUCAAGGACGGGGAAUACACUAUGGAGUUCAAUGAAACUGUGGAGCAAGAUAAUCUCGAAAUUUUUAAACUUUUUGUUAAAAAGUAUGACAAUUUUUUGGACAUUUCUGAUUUGCACGGUAGUAACAUAACUAUUCAUGUUUUUACAUUAGGCGGUAAAAAUAUUUUACAAUAUUUACUGGACUAUGGGACAAACGUUAAUGUGGUUGACAAGAAUAAUUUAAGUAUGUUUCAUAAACUAGAUGAUGAUAUGUAUCAUGAACUAGAUGAUGAGACUCUAGAAAUAAUAAAAGUGAUCAAGGAUCAUAUCGUCAAGUUAUCCGCAGCCGGUUUAUAUGUUAACGAUAAGAAUUCAAAAGCUUUCUAUAUAGUUAAAAAUUUACAUAAAUUAGCUGUAGGGUUAAGACAUUCAGACUUUUGUUUUAACAAAGAGGCAGUAUUAGAUGAAUUUCCGGUGUAUGGUAGCAUUAUGAUUGAAAAAUUGAGAAGAGCGGUUAAGAGAAAAGAGCUGCUGAAUAAUGCAACAGAGUUGUACCAUAUUUUUUAUAAGGAUUUACCAGAUUUAGUUAUUAGAAAUAUUUUUAAUUAUUUGAAUGACGAAGAUUUAAAACUUUUGAGUCAAUAA